CAUUACUCUCUCCCCGCAGCUCUGCAACCAUAAUGGUGUCCGUCGAGGAGGCGGAGGCGGCGGCCGAUUACACGAAGGACGGCUCCGUCGAUCUCCGCGGAAACCCAAUCCUCCGGUCUAAGCGCGGCGGCUGGAAAGCCUGUGGCUUCGUCGUAGUGUAUGAGGUGUUUGAGAGGAUGGCUUAUUAUGGGAUUUCAUCAAAUUUGGUGCUCUAUUUGACCAAUAAGCUCCAUGAGGGCACUGUGACAUCGGCAAAUAAUGUUACUAAUUGGGUUGGAACUGUGUGGAUAACGCCCAUCAUUGGCGCUUAUAUUGCUGAUGCUCAUCUCGGUCGGUAUUGGACGUUCAUAAUCGCAUCAAUCAUUUAUUUUUCGGGCAUGUGUGUUCUAACACUAGCAGUGUCCCUCCCAUCUCUCAAGCCUCCUCCUUGCGGCUCCGGCACCGUCGACCCAACUUGCACCACCAAAGCGUCCUCCUUUCAACUCUUCAUCUUCUUCUUCGGACUCUAUGUCAUCGCUCUCGGCACGGGCGGCACGAAGCCCAACAUCUCCACCAUCGGUGCCGAUCAAUUCGACGAGUUUGACCGACGAGAGCGCAAGCAUAAGCUAUCCUUCUUCAACUGGUGGAUGUUCAGUAUUUUUUUUGGCACGUUGUUUGCCAAUUCCUUUCUCGUCUACGUUCAAGAUAAUGUGGGGUGGACUCUGGGCUAUGCGCUCCCCACUCUCGGCCUUCUGAUCUCAAUCAUGAUUUUUGUCGCCGGCACGCCAUUCUAUCGUCACAAGCCGCUGGCCGGAAGUCCGUUUGCGUAAAUGAUGCAGGUGGUGGUGGCAGCAAUGAAGAAGUAUGGAGUAAGCCUGCCCGCUGAUCCCAAGGAGCUACAUGAGCUUGGCCUGCAUGAGUAUGCGGGCAAUGGCAAAGUUCGGAUUGGUUACACUCCUUCAAUGAGAUUUCUUAGCAAAGCGGCGAUCAAAACAGGAAAAUCCAGCAGCCCAUGGUCUCUCUGCACGGUGACGCAAGUAGAGGAAACCAAGCAAAUGGUGAGAAUGAUCCCCAUUCUGAUAGCCACCUUCAUCCCCAGCACAAUGCUCGCCCAAACCCACACUCUGUUCGUCAAACAGGGCGUCACUCUCGACCGCCGGAUUGGGCCCCAUUUUCGCAUCCCUGCAGCAAGUCUCGCCGCCUUCGUCACCAUCUCAAUGCUCAUCUCCAUCGUCAUUUACGACCGCGCCUUCGUUCCCCUUGCCCGCCGCUUCACCGGAAAUCCCCGCGGCAUCUCUCUCCUCCGCCGCAUGGGCACCGGUAUCUGCAUCCACAUCGUUAUAAUGCUGGUCGCCAGCCUCGCCGAGCGUCGCCGCCUCUCCACCGCACGCGCACACGGUGUCUCCACCAAAGACGCAACCGUCCCUCUCACCAUCUUCAUCCUCGUCCCACAGUUCGUGCUCACGGGAAUCGCCGACGCCUUCCUUGAGCCUGCCAAGAUUGAAUUUUUCUAUGAUCAAGCGCCGGAAGGGAUGAAGAGUCUGGGGACUUCUUAUGCAAUGACGACGCUUGGGGUUGGGAAUUUUCUGAGCAGCUUUCUGCUGUCGACGACGGAGAAGGUGACGAGGAGGUUGGACGGCGGCGGGGAGGGGGGUUGGAUACUCAACAAUCUCAAUAAGUCUCAUUUGGAUUACUAUUACGCUUUCUUUGUUGUUCUGAAUGUCGUCAAUUUCUUCUUCUUCCUUGUUGUUAGCCGACUGUAUGUUUAUAAAGCAGAGUCAAGUACUGAGACUGAU